GUAACCAUGGCAACAGGUAAACAAGAAGCUCAGAGACUGACGAGAGAGAGAAAAUGUCGGCAAGAAGAAAAGAUAAAGCCCAGGAGGAGAACAAGGAGGAGGAAGAGAGGAGUUUCGAGGAGGAAGACUUUGAAGAGGCGGCUCCCUCCACAGCUUCUAGAAGACACCCCGGGCCACCCGAACAACAGAGCGUCGCCGAAAUCCCGGAGGCGGUGGACGACUUCCUGAGGAACUUCCUCCGCAGGGCCGGCCUGACUCGAACUCUGAGCCGCUUCGAGGCCGAGUGGUACGGCUCAGCGCAGAAGCUCCUCCCGGUGGCAGCGACCGGCUGCUCGUUCGUCCCCGAUGCUCUCACACACGGGCAGCUCCUCCAGAGCGAGCUGGAGAAGGUCCGCAGAGACACGGACCUGCUCCGACAGGAAGUGCUGGCGGCGGGGGAGGCGCUGGUCAGGAUGCAGAGGGAGAGGGAUUUCCACCGGCUACAGUACCGACGAGUCGCGGGGGACAAAAACCGGCUGAUAGAGGACUUUAAAGAGAUGAAGAAACACCUGGAGUCUUACGAGCCGGCGCUGAGGCAGCUGGAGGACAAAUAUCAAGCCGCUCUGAGGCACAAAAUGCUCAUCAGUUUAAAAAAGGACCGAGUUCAAAGCACCACGGACGCAAGACAGAAUCAGGAAAAAAAACUAAUUACGAAAGAGAAAAGCAACAAAAAGAGCUACAGCGCUGAGAAGUCGACAGCAAAAAGCCCCAUAAGCAACAGACAUCCGAAGGACACAGACUUCCCCGCCUGCAGCCGCCUGGGGAACCCUCACCUGGCUCAGGUGGGAUUUCAGAAAGGCAGAAGCCCCGGUUCCUUCAGUCUGUCCCAUUCCUUCAGAGCCCACGAGCUUCCCAUCAGCUGCAUAGACCUCCAUCCACGGAAGCGGAUCCUGGCUUCCGCCAGUGAUGACCGCAGCUGGAGGCUGUGGGUGCUGCAAGCCAACGGAGAGAAGGUUGCUGAGAUGGUGCUGACAGGCGAGGGUCACUGUGAUUGGCUGUCUGGCUGCAGCUUUCACCCUGACGGGACAAAACUGGCAACAACCAGUGGAGACUCUAUGGUGCGUCUCUGGGAUUUCUCUCGUGGCCGCUGCGUGUUGACGCUGUCCGGUCACAGCCAGCCCACCUGGGGCUGCUCCUUCCACGCGUGCGGCCAUUUCCUGGCUUCCUGCUCGGCUGACAGAACCGCCAAGCUGUGGGACCUGAACAGCCGGCGCUGCCGCCUCACGCUGCGCCGCCACACUGCUUCCGUCAACAGCGUCUGCUUCCUGCCCUCCUCCAACCUCCUCCUCACCUGUUCGGCUGACAAAAGCCUCGCCGUGUGGGAUGCCAGAGUGGGUGUCUGCAGCUCCGCCUUCCACCAGCACCCCUGCAACCACGCCUCCUCCAACCCGGCAGGCGACGUCCUGGCCUCCUGCGACUCCCACGGCAUCGUCAACCUGUGGGACAUCAGGAAAACUGCGGCAGCCGUGGCCACGGUAGACGCCGGGCCGUCGGCGGCCAACCAGGUGGUGUUCAGCCCCUCGGGGAAGAUGCUAGCGGUCGCCAGCAGCGACGGUCUGGUCAGACUGGUGGAGGUGGGUUCGUGCCUGGCGAGCAGCCUCUCGGGACACGGGGACGGCGUGCAGAGUGUCGCGUUCGAUCACACGGGGGAGACUGUGAUGUCAGCAGGGAGUGAUGGACUGAUUAACAUCUGGGCGUGACAUAACGGGAAUGCAAACCUUUGAAGUAAAACCAGCUGAUAACUGUUUGG